UGUGGCACUUGUUCUAAAAUGCUUCAAAGACACCACACACCAAACUCACUCUCAAGUCUCAACACAAACACUUCCACACUAGUACUACUACUACCAUGACCCUUCUCUCUGUUCCAUUUUCUUUCACUUAAAAACAACCACUGCUUUUGAUUCACUCAACCCACGCGCCGCUUGGUGUAUUUCACGCGCCACCGUUGUUGGUAAGAUGGGUUGCUCGGCGUCCAAGCUGGAAAACGAGGACACGGUGAGGCGGUGCAAGGACCGGCGCCGUCUCAUGAAAGAGGCCGUCCACGCGCGCCACCACCUCGCCGCCGCGCACUCCGACUACUGCCGCUCCCUCCGCCUCACCGGCUCCGCACUCACCACAUUCGCCGCCGGUGAACCCCUCUCCGUCGCCGACAACACCCCCGCCGUCUUCAUCAACCCCCAAAAAGCAACAUACCACCCCCCACACACACAAACUCAAACACCACCGCCACCGUCUCCGUCACCGCCACCGUCCGUUUACACUCCUCAGCCGCCUCGUUUCGACCCUUCACCCUCCCCCACCAUUUCCACCUCCAAGCUCCCUCACAUCCUCUCCGACUCCACCCCCACCAACCACAACCGCCGCCGUAAACCGCCGCCGAAGCUCCCCCACAUCCUCUCUGAGUCUAGCCCGUCCUCCACCCCUCGAAGCCAAGCUUCCACCAAUAACUUUGCUUCCAAUUUCUUCCCCACCGCACACUCCAACUACUCCUCCACCCCUUCCCAAACCUCCUCCGUUUGGAACUGGGAAAAUUUCUACCCACCGCCGCCUCCACCGCCUGGCUCCGAUUACUACGACAGAGAACACGAAGAUCCUGCUCCUGAUGCAGCUUCCCAAUUCUCUUACAAAUCCCGAAACAGCAGAAAAAGUGAGAGUGCCUUUUCUUCUUACUCCCAGCAACAACAACAAAAACAGCAACAUCAUCAGCAUCAGAAUCAGCAUCGAAACCCCACCCCACAACGUGAUAUCGAUGGAUUUGAGUCUGAGAGAUCGGAAUAUGAUUAUUUCAAUGAGAAAUUUGCGACGGUGCAGAAGCAUAAGCAUCUGGGUCAUGAUGAUGAUCAUCAUCUUGCGGAGGAGUACACUGAGACUGAGAGAGAAGAGGUUGAGUGUAGUGAAUGGGGUGAGCAUUACAGCACAACGAGCUCAUCUGAAGAUGGUGAUGAUGAGGAGGAUGAUGAUGAUGAUGGGGUGGAAGGGGAUGUGGAAUCCAGGAUGGGGAGGACACGGUCGAAUUUUGGGUUGGAGUCAAUGGCGGCGGCGCCCAAGAAGGGGAAAUCGGAGGAUGUGGCGUCGUCCUCGUCGGUGAGGACCGGGUCGGGUGUGAUGGAGAUGAAGAUGGUGGUGAGGCACAAGGACUUGAGGGAGAUUGUGGAAGCGAUUAAGGAGAAUUUUGAUAAGGCUGCUGUGGCUGGGGAUCAGGUUUCGGAGAUGCUUGAGAUCAGCAGGGCUCAGCUUGAUCGCAGUUUCAGGCAAUUGAGAAAAACUGUGUAUCACUCAAAUAGCUUAUUGAGCAACCUGAGUUCGAGUUGGACCUCCAAACCGCCAUUGGCGGUUAAGUACCGGCUCGAUGCCGCUUCCCUGGAUGAACCGGGCGGUCUGAAGAGUCUUUGCUCCACUUUGGAACGCCUUUUGGCUUGGGAGAAGAAGCUCUAUGAGGAGGUUAAGACAAGAGAAGGUGUGAAGAUUGAACGUGAAAAGAAAUUGUCAGUUUUGCAAAAUCAGGAAUACAAAGGAGAGGAUGAAGCAAAGAUAUUCAAAACUAAGACGUCCAUAAAUAGGCUGCAGUCACUAAUCACUGUGACAUCUCAGGCUGUGUCCACCACCUCAACUGCAAUUAUUGGGCUUAGAGACUCUGAUCUUGUUCCUCAGCUUGUUGAGCUCUGUCAUGGAAUCAUGUACAUGUGGAGAUCAAUGCACCAGUAUCAUGAAAUCCAAAGCCACAUAGUGCAGCAAGUCCGCGGUCUGGUGAACCGAACAUCAAGAGGUCACUCAACUUCUGAACUGCACCGGCAGGCAACUCGGGACCUUGAAUCGGCUGUGUCGGCAUGGCACUCCAGUUUCUGCCGCCUUAUAAAAUUCCAGCGGGACUUCGUCCUGUCCUUACAUGGCUGGUUUAAGCUCAGCCUUGUCCCCGUCGAUACCGACAACAACAUCCACAACAGCAGGGAAGCCUCUGAUGCAUACAUGUUUUUUGAUGAAUGGAAGCUCGCGCUUGAUCGUGUCCCGGACACGGUUGCCUCCGAAGCCAUAAAGAGCUUCAUUAAUGUCAUCCAUGUGAUAUCUUCCAAGCAAGCUGAAGAGCUCAAGAUCAAGAAACGAACCGAGACCGCAUCCAAGGAACUCGAUAAAAAGGCCUCAUCGGUGCGGAACUUAGAGAGGAAGUUUUACCACUCGUAUUCCAUGGUAGGCAUUAGCCUUCCUGACACUGCCCCUGACAAUGGACAGGGCUUGGACGCGCGCGACCCGCUGGCCGAGAAGAAACUCGAGCUCGCGACAUGCCAGAGACGCGUCGAAGAUGAGAUGCUGAGGCAUUCCAAAGCUGCGGAGGUAACAAGAGCCAUGACACUCAACAAUCUGCAAACAGGGUUACCUGGGGUUUUUCAGGCACUGACCAGUUUUUCUUCCUUGUUCACUGAGGCUAUUGGGUCAGUGUGCACUCGUUCUUAUGCCAUCAAGUAGGCAAUUUAUUAUCUAGUUUCUUCAUAAGGGCUGGGAAUUUUUGGCGGCAAGCUCUUAUUGCUCUUACUGUUUUUGAGUUAUAUUUUGAAAUGUAAAUAUGAAGAAUUUUGUUGGUUCACAUAUUUUGAUGGGAUGGGGAAUUUUCUUAUUGUACAGGGAAAUUUCUUGGUUUACUGUAUCAGUGGAGGGGAUGGCAAUUUUUAAUAUAUCAAUAAAUUAUACGCAUUUUGUUCUGAA